AGCGCAGAGUCUCCAAGAUGAAUGCAUCAACGUAUGGGAGGUUGCUCCUGUCAUCUAAUGUUGGGAACCUAACAUUGAAAUGGAUGACAAUUUGGUUAUUACCAUGCAUGCUCUGGGAAUUUUACACGUGCAUGUCAUUUGCUUGUGGAAGCUUACUUGGAGGGUAAUGAUUAAUGAACUCAUUUAGCAAACAUACUUGAUGAAGACUGUCAUCUGGCCAGAAAUUGAACAAGCAAAAUAACUACACAGCUUCUGGAAAACCUGUGAUAGCGAACUGUGGGAAUGGUUGCUUAUUGCACACCGAUUCAAAGGCGUAGAGAUCUUUCAUAAUCGAACAUGAGAUGUCUACAAAAAUGGACUUCAUUGGAUUUAAGCCUAGUCUAACUUUUCUCAAGCCAGGAGACUACAAAGUACGAUUUGAACUUGGUGGAUGGGACAAUGAACAAGAAAUUGCGGAGUAUGCUGUCUUCAGAAUAGGUAAAGAGGGAAGUGAAUAUACAUUAGCUCUUAGUGGUUAUAAUUCUACAGGGACUAGUACUGCCAAAGAUGGAACGGUUUCUGGCAACGAUAACCAACCUUUUCGCACAAAUUGGAUGCCAGGUGAGGGAAAGAGGAGAGAGGUUUUCAGUUUAUCCGGACAGUCCAACGUGUGAUAUAAAUCGUGGAUGUAUGUAUUUGAAUGGGUUUCCCGGAUCUAUGUAUCUUAUAAUGAAAUGAAAAUGAAAAUAAAACCAUCAACAUAGAGCAUACAGAGACAAUACUUGUAUGUUCCUAUGUUAAGAAAUGUGGGUGAGAUAAAAUAAAUCAAUGAUACAUCAUAUUAUCAUGGUUUUUGUCUGUUUUAUACCAGCAUU